GCGCCUGGGGGGCGCGGAUUUUGGAGCGCGACGAGGCGCUGCCGCUGGGCUUGCGCCGGCUCCGGGACGCGGAGGUGCUGACUGAGCAUCAGGCGCACGCAGCCUUGCGGUACAGCGUCCACGUGCCGGAUCUGGCAGAGGUCCUGGGAGAGUGCCGGCGCCUGGCUUUAGACCCCGCGCCUUUGGCCGGCGCGCUGGCGGACGAGGAAUUCGAGGAGGAUGCGGCAUUG